AUGGCAACCUUCAAUGCCGGUGUGCCUGCAACAACUGGGUACAGAAAGGCUCCAGAUCUAGUGAUCAUCGAUGAUAGAUCUGCUAUCAGAGUCAUUGGGGAUACCAAAACGCUAUGGCCCGAUGACCACAUAGAUAUGUUAAGCGAAGGAAUACGGGAUUUUGAGACCAGGCUAGAGAAAAAGUCUUGUUGGCAAGUUGCACGAUAUAUGCAGCAACUGGAUAUCACGCACGGCUUCUUAUCAACUUAUGACGAAACUAUUUUUCUGAGAAAGAUUGGAUUCAAGGAGUUUGGACUCUCCAAUACUCUCCUGUGGUCAAAUCCUGCGAUAUGUAUGUCCCCCAAAUGGAAUAUAUCACCGCGCGACAAGGGCUGUUGCAUUAAGCCCUUCGCGGAAGAUAUGCACAUGUAUUUAAUACAGGUAGCACUGGAGGUAACCGGUGGUGGACCAAUUGACCAGCUGGCGCAAGAUUGUUGA